AUGGUCUCCCCUGAGCGUGCAUUGGAGCACAUGUCUGUGGAGAAAGCAUGGAGUUUGCUCGACACGCUUUCUUCGCAGGUUGUGGGCAAGCAAACGGAGCUGCAGCUCAUGGUGGGUUCCCGGUACCACGAGCUGAUCGAGUCUGCGGACAGCAUCGUAUCCAUGAAGGAGACAGGGGCGGAGGUGCUCGGCCUCCUGCGGAAAUUCCCCCAAGCAUGUUCCAACGUGCUUCAGCAGGUCCCUUCGUCGUUAUCUCCAGGGACCAGUGAUCUCAGCGGCACCGACGUUCGUGAAGACGCGGCCGCGAGACAUGUAAUGGAGGUGGUUCAGCUCAUGCUCCAUGCGCCAGCGGCCAUGUGGGCUGCUUUGGACUCGAACAAGGUCCUUGAGGCAGCCAAUCUUGUGCUCAGAUGCCGAAGUAGCUGGACCGAUUUGUCCAGCACUUUCUCCACGGGAGUGGACUCCGGUGUCGCUGCCUUCUUACGUGGCCAUGUGACUUACGUCGAGCAGUUUCCUCGUCGCAUCCUGUCGGCUGGGACUCGCCUGUUGACGCGUUCUUGCAACACACAAGAGACCGCUGGAGCUCUCACGGCAAUACUUCAGCUGCAGGCGCUCGAGGAUGCCAACCCCCUGCGGUGCUUGUUGGAGCUCCUUCUUCUGCGCAGAGGUGGAGCUGUGGUAGCGAUGCUUACGCGGGCUACGAAGGAAGAAAAUUCUUCUGACAUAGAACAAGUAUUGCACGCCGCUGUCACCACCGUGCAAAGGACGAUUGUGGAUGUGCACGCCAUCUUUGCGCCUGGGCGAAACGGAAGCUGCAUGCUCGAGGACCUUGCCCACCCCUCAUGCCGCAGUCAAGCAAGCCUGCGGUUGUCAGCGCAUGACGCGAAGGACAUGUGCACGACCUGGUUGUCUGUGCUGACUCCGAAAAUUCGUGUUUUUGGCGAGCGUCUGCUCAGAGCGACCGGUGAUACCAACUCUCUGGCGCGCAUCCGCGGCUCUCUGUGGAAGGUAACCCAUGGAGACGGAGCGUGGGCCACACCAGCAGCAGGAACACGUGCAGGGGGUAGCAUUAGAGCAGUGCAGGGGCUGAUGUGGAUGGAAGCCACCUCAUUCGCAGUGGAUGUAUCUGCUUGGGAUGGUGGUACGAACGGCAGUACGCGCGCUUGGGGACAGGACGUAUCUUCCCCUCAGCUAGAUUUGUGGUCCCUGCUCUUCAGCCAGAUUUUUGCAGACCUGGCAGAGGCCCUGCUGAAGGACUCGCUAGCUAGCAUCCGGAGAGAUGUGGAGUGUCGCCUUGACUCGAUACUGCUUGCCAUCACACGGAACGAGACGGGGCAGGGGGUGCAAGAAGCAAGAAGUUUCUCCGGAAGUCACCGGCAGGAGCAACCCCAUGCGCUCAUGGCACACGAUAUUCUCGCAGCCGCCGACGCAGUAGUGUCACUACUGACAUCGGAGAUCCGCAAUCUUGCGGGAGAUGCGACGUGUUUAACAGAGCGCGGUGAUCAAACUGCGGCAGAUGCGCUGAAAACUUCUUUUUAUCUCCUAAGCGUGGACAUGGCGGCGGGCCUCGCCAAUCACCUUCGCAUUGCGCUGCAGGAGAUUCAUGCCUGCAUCAAGUCCGCUGCGGAGCAGGAACGACGAUGUGUGCCAUACGGAGGCCGAAUUGGGGACCUUGAGAAUGCUGUUAGCAGCUUUGCUGAUGCAGGGCUCUUGAUCGGCCGAGUAGCAUGGAUGUUGAAUGGCCGAAGCGGGGGACCUUUGCAGUAUGCCCUCACACCCCCGGCAUGCUUUGCCCAACGGCGACGUGGGCGCAUCGAGGAGCAGCAGCUAGAAGCAGCGUUUGUGAUAGCGGACACGAAUGGCGACGGUGUUGUUGAUACCGAGGAGGCGGCUGAGGCGCUUCAAGCUGUAUCCUUCGGGGCAUCAGCGGCACUUGCUGUCGACCCUAGCCGGUACGCAUCGUUCACCCUGAACGAGUUCUUCCUGUUUGCCACCCGGCUCCUCGAAGAACAACGGCCGCGUCAGCACUUGACCAGUUGUCUUGAUACUCUUUUGUCGGAGUCCCUGGCAGUGUGGUCGGAAUGGGCUUUGGAAAAAUCUGCUGCUCUCCUUACUGAGGGAUGCAAUGCGAUGGUGAUUUUGUGUGCCAACCCUGGGAUGACCAAUGACUUGUGGCGGCAGGCCCAUGGCAUAUGGGAGGACAAGACGAUUGAGCUUGAUCGUGACGACGGAGAUGGCAUCCAAGAAACCGUGCACUUUCCCAUCAUGGUUUCUCCGGCUAUUCUGUGCUACAUCGAGGGCGUAGCCGCUGAACUGAGCCGGAUAUUGAGUACAGCCGACCUCACAGAACGUGCCGUGACUGAGAGUUGCAGCGGAUGGAAGACACAGGAUGCGCAGCCGUCUGGAGACGAGGAACGGGCCUUGGGUUGGUCGGCACCGGGUAAGGCCACUGGCCAGGGGGCGGCACGCUAUGCGAGAUCUCUAGCUGCUGUCCGAGCGUCAAGCGAUUUGAGCCACGCACUGGUUGGACUUUGCGAGGGUGCACAUUCGGCAGCGGCACAAGCGUGCGAGGCGGCACAGCUUCAGCUACUGUUGGAUGCGCUCUUCUUACAAAAGUGGGUUUCAGAUUCUCCAAAAUCAUCUCCGUCGAUGGAGUCGGUUGUUACAACUCUGUGUGAUCUGGUAGAUCCGAUCAACUUGCAGAUUUACAUGCCGCACCUUCAGACGGCGGCAUCAGCGUGCUGGGCGGCGUGUCACACGCCUCUCUCUUUGAUUUUCGAACAAGCAAUCCCUUCUAGCAGUGCGCCAUCCAGCGCUUCAGUAUCACCGGACGGGGCACUGGGUUCGUCGUCUAGCUUUAUUCCCUUGGCUCCGAAAGUGCGUCGGUUUGAAAUUCUCCCUCUCUCUCUAGAAGUGGUGCGACUACAGCAUCCGAACGGCUCAUCCCGAAGUAGAAACUCGGUAGGGAUAAAGUCUGGCGCACCAGCAAGCGGGGACGGGCCAGGCGCCUCCGCUCAGGCUCGUGGUUUAGAAGCUGGAAGGCAAGCUCUGGCCGGGCUAGGUAGCGUGUUGAGUGCACAAAAUGCGCAUGUUCAGAGCGUUUUCGGGGCGGCAUCGCUGUUUCUAGGUGGGAGGAAUCGUAGGGGUGAAGACGGAGAUGGGCAUAGUGAACGUUAAGGCUUAACACUGACAUUUGUAGUGUGAAUUUUCUUUCCUGCACUUGCUCAGGGGGUCCCUUCAUCCCGAAGUAGAAAUUCGGUAGGGAUAAAGUCUGGCGCACCAGCAAGCGGAGACGGGCCAGGCGCCUCCGCUCAGGCUCGUGGUUUAGAAGCUGGAAGGCAAGCUCUGGCCGGGCUAGGUAGCGUGUUGAGUGCACAAAAUGCGCGUGUUCAGAGCGUUUUCGGGGCGGCAUCGCUGUUUCUAGGUGGGAGGAAUCGUAGGGGUGAAGACGGAGAUGGGCAUGCAUGGUGAACGCACUGACAUUUGUAGUGUGAAUUUUCUUUCCUGCACUUGCUCAGGGGGUUCCGGGCUUCCAUCACGUUUUCUGCUUCUACUUUCAACCACGAUGUGAAUACGCAUCUCGUGUGAAGAGCCAUGUGUUUUGGUUACAAGUCACACGAGGUUUGUGCUUCUUGGCUGUGAAGGUUGUUACCACACCGCGUCGUACUCCGGAGUUUACACCACACGAUGGCGCACAGAAAGCAGCAGAAGGUGGCACAAUGUAGCAAGAGGACAGAUCACAUCGUGUGGCAACUGUGGGUAGGCACAACGAAAAUGUCCGAGUAUUUUUAUCAUGCGUUUGUUCGAUCGUUUGGUGCAUAUUCUUCUGCGCGUGAAGAUAUUAUAACUUCCGCUCAUGUCCUGUAGUUUAUUCUGGCUGAGCCUUGAGUUCGGAUGCUCUGUUCUGGUGGAUGGCACAUGGCCGCUCUAAGGUGCUACUUGAUUGUAGGGGUCCGUAUCCAUCGGCGUUCACAAACCUUGCGGAAGGUCUUUAUUUACUCCACUGUUGAGCAUAAAAUUCUCAAGUGCGGGCGAUGUCCUGGUGUGUAUCGCAUUCAUGUGUUGAUCGUGGUAAUGGCUUGCUUAAUUACGCCCACUAUGAAAGUCCAUGCCUUCAUUGCCAUUCCACGGCCAGGAUGUUCAGCCCAUCUACGGGGAAAGGUAAAUCAUCAGCUCGUCAUCCCCAUGUGGCGGCCAGCCAAAAGCCGCCCUAUGCGAACGGGAAUAUGCAGCCGCAGCGAGCACCCGGCAUUUACAAAAUAAUUUGUAAACUUUGAGCGCUUGGGGAACACACUGCAUCAUGUUAUCGGUGUGACCGGUUUCACUUCCGUACGACGGUGUGCUGCAACAGCUAAAUUAAAUCCAUCGAUUGCAUCCCAGAAAGGCUUGCUCGUAGAGGGUAACAACGCUUCGAUUUCCCGCGAAGGCAUAAAAUCCAGUAAAUCACACGAGAGUGUCAGACCAACUCAUGAAAUACGUGCUCAAAAGAACUCGACCCUACCGGAAUAUUCUUUUCGCCUCGUCAAAGAGAAGCACAUCACGCCCAAAAUAUCAACACAAC